GAGCCGGCUCGGUUCGGAGCCGAGAGCUGUGCGUUCGGGCAUGCCCCGCUACGAGCUGGCUUUGAUCCUGAAAGCCAUGCAGCGGCCAGAGACCGCUGCUGCUUUGAAGCGUACACUAGAAACCCUGAUGGACAGAGGGGCUGUGGUGAGGAACUUGGAGAACCUGGGCGAGCGUGCGCUUCCUUACAGGAUCUCCGCCCACAGUCAGCGGCACACCAGGGGAGGGUAUUUCUUGGUGGAUUUUUACGCACCGACAACAACUGUUGAAGGCAUAAUGGAGCACUUGUCUCGAGACAUUGAUGUGAUUAGACCAAAUAUUGUAAAACACCCUCUGACCCAGGAAGUGAAAGAGUGUGAAGGGAUCGUCCCAGUCCCACUUGAAGAAAAGCUGUAUUCCACCAAGAAGAGGAAGUGAGAAGAUUCACCAGAUUUUAGCCUUCUAUUUAAUUCUCUCACUUUUGAGCACCAUGGAUUAAUAACUUACCAGCUUGAUCUUUAUGUAAGAGGGUGCUUUCAGUGCCCUUUGAUUUUCUAAGGUACUUUUAGUUCUUGGUCCCCUUUGCUGUGAGAAGUCGGGGAAUGGCCUCCUUAGAGCCACUUUGUAAUAUAUGGCAUCAGUGCUCCCUGCUCGACUGCGUUUCACGAAUGUAAUUUGUCAGUGAGGACUUUGCCCUGCAGCAGCACUAACACCGCUUUGAAGAGCAAAGAUUAUAAAAACCACUUUGGAUUGCACGCUAGUCAUUCAGACUGUAUACCACCAUGCAAAAUAAAAUUUUAAGACCAUCGUA